AUGUCCGACAACGUCGGUCUCUCAACGCCUCGUGGCAGCGGUACUUCAGGCUAUGUUCAGCGCAACCUUGCGCACAUGCGCCCACGCGACUAUGGCGCGCCCUAUCCUCCCAAAGACGCCGACUCGCUCCGUCACAAGCAGCGACAGCCCGAUAAAGAGAUCUUAGAGCAUGACCGCAAGCGUGAGGUCGAGGUUAAGGUCCUUGAUCUGCGCGACACCCUCGAAGAUGAAGGCCUCGACGAGGAAGAAGUUGAGAAGCGAUGCGACGAAAUGCGAAAGAAACUACUGGCCGACCUCGAGAAACAAAAGAACAGCCGUGGCGGCGGCGGCGGCGGCGGUGGUGGUCCCGUACGGAAGCACUUCAAAAGCCAUCAGGUGCACGAGAUGGCAGACGCUAAGAUCAAAGAGAGCGAGAGACUCAGGAGCGCUUUGAGAAUAAGCAAAGACUACGAGGAGGGAAGCCACUGGAGGAGACAAGAGGAGAGACUUCGGGGCUCUAUAGAGAAGGAGACCAAGAGGGAAGACGUCGACUAA